UAUUAAGAGAACGUCACCCCACCUCAAUGCUUUGAAACUGUUUAGGAAACAGCCGCAGCAAGCUAUCAAUUUGGUGAAAGUCCGUCUCUCGUCCUUCUUAACUCAUUUUGAAUGUACUAGGUAUCUAAAACUUGAAUGGUUUUGAGCAUUUCCAUUUGAUUGACUGCUGAUUUCUCUGCACCUGUCAACAUGGUCAACGUACACAAAGGUGUUCUUGUUGAAUGUGAUCCUGCCAUGAAACAGUUCCUCCUCUACUUGGAUGAAAAAAUGGCCCUGGGAAAGAAGUUCAUCCUCAAGGACCUUGACGACACACACCUCUUCAUCCUGGCAGAGGUGGUUCAGACCCUCCAGGAGAGAGUUGGCGAGUUAAUGGACCAGAACUCAUUCACCGUCACGCAGAAAUGAUACUCAACUGUUUCAAAGAAGUCUUGCUUCUUGGACUUAGGGCAGUUUAAGAGUUUGUCUUUAGAUGAACACGGUUUGCAAUGUUUUGACAAUAUAAAUCAUCAGAAACAUGGAUCUAACUUACAGCCAAACAAAGUUGCAGCAUAAAAAGACCGAGAACAAAUAUCGGAAACUUUUGCAAAUGUUAAACAUGCAACUGAGACAUCCGAACUGAGUUCUCUGUGGGAGAAUAUAAUGUGUUUGUUUUUUUACGGUCUGGCGACAAACUAGGCUACACAACAACCACUAAAGAGCUUCAGUAGCCUCUAGUGUAGAACAGAGCUGACCGCAUGAUUCAACCCUAUACUGAACAUUUGAGCCAGAACGGACUUUCCUAAUGUUAUCUCGUACUACACAAUGCAUUCACUCGCAGAUUUUUUUCAGCAAAUUGUCCACCUUCAGAUUAGUUCAAGACAUGGUUCAUCAGAAAAAUAAAGUGAACUGUCUGAUUCUUCACUGACUUAGCUUACAGUUUACGUCCAUGGCUGUCCUAUUAACAACAGCCGUGGUGACUGUGAUUUCACAUUUACAGCAGUAUGAUUCACUGAAUCUGAAUUAACUUUAAAUAUGUCUGAGGGUUACAGUGUUUUCCCUAGGUUUGUGAAAUAUUUAGGUGCAUGUAUUUGGUGGGGGGUUAAGGGGUCCUCCCUCAAGAAAAUGUUAUGUUUUUCAAUAAAGAAAAUGCAAUUUCA